AUGGUUCCGGCGCGUUCAUCGUUUAUGGGCUUGAAUUUGACAUCCCAAUCAGAUCUUCCAGAAUGCAUGGCCUCAUUCUCCCUCCAAGCACCUCCUAAUACAGACCUCUGGCGCAAGCCCCCAGCACGAGACACUUCUACUGCGCCGAUUCUCUACACUGCAUUGCGGCGACCAUUCAUUGCGGCCGAGGUGACUGUCACUGCUGAUUGGGAGCUGGAAUGGGACCAAGGCGGUCUUGUCAUUUUUGCUGGGUUGCCGACAGGGCGCACGGAGCCCGUUCCGCCCUCGUCUGUAUCUCAUUCUGUCCCAGUCUCAGGUCCGGGGCGGAACGGCUCCAGCGGUAACAGCAAUAGCAGUAACAACAGCAGCAGCAGCUCCACAUUACGGAGCCGGGCUGGUAGUGCAGGCACAGCAGCAGGAACUGAGACCGCCAAUAGCACUACUGAAACAAGGACAACGAAUAACGAUUCAGCGCCAACCUCAACUUCACCGCCGCCCCCGUAUGUCACCCCAAUGCCUGCAGCGAAAUGGGUCAAAGCAGGCUUCGAGUUCUGCAACAACGCAGUACAUGCAUCCUCGGUAUGCGCCACCUCGGAUGGCGCAGACUGGGCCGUUGCCCCACUGACACAAUGCACCACCUCUACCCCUUCUGCUAGCAGUACCCGUAGCGGGUAUCCGUCCUCGGUCUCGGUCUCGGUUCCGCAGCACGAGCUCCGCGUCAAGCUCGAGCGCAUUGGCUACGCGCUCUGGAUCUACUUCCUGGACGGCUCGCUCGGGUGGAAGAAACUGCGCGAAGUGACGUGGUUUUUCUGGGGCGUGGAAGACAAGGCCAUACGCGUCGGCGUGUACGCGUCGCGGCCGGCUAAUUUUGGCGGCUUUGGUGGUGGUGGCGGUGCAGCAUCAACAUCUCAACGGCAUGGGCGCCGCAGGAAUCAUCAUAACCACGAUAAUUACUACCUGCACCAGCAGCAGCAGCAACAGUCCCAAUUGUCACACUCGCAAAACUGUUUAUUUGUUGAGUUUGACGAUUUAGAAAUCUAUUAG